AUUAUUUAUUUAUUUAUUCAUUCAUUGUUAAUCAUAUUUAGAAAGAAAAUGUCUAAUUAUUUAAGAAAUCAAAUAUGUCGUUAUUUUAAUACUAAAGAAGGUUGUUGGUAUGGGGAUAAUUGUAGAUUUCUACAUAUUCCUAAUAAAAAACCACCAUGUAAAUUUGAUAAUUUAACAAUUGGAUGUUGUUAUGGUGAAAAUUGUCAUUUUUCACAUGAUAGAACAUCAUUUAAAUCAAUUGACAAUAAUGAUCAUAUUCAUAAUAAUCAUUAUGAUUCUAUGGAGUUAAUUAAAGGGCUUCUAAAGGCGAAUCUGAAGUUAAACGAAUUCACUGGGACAAAUAAUAACAAUGUUAUACAAUCAUCAAUUUUAAAUAAGAAACAAGAGAAAACGAUAGAAAAUUCAUUAGAUUUGAUUCAAGAUAAAAAGAAUACAAAUUUAAUAAGUAACCAUGAUCAACCAUCCAAUCAAAAUGUUUCAAUCUAUUUACAAGAAGAUCAUAAUAUACAAGCUGAAAGUUCCAAUUCAUCGAACAUAAGGAAUUUGGUUACCACUACAAACAAAACAACUUAUUCUGAAUCAUCAUUACCAUGUUCUGCAUCUCAUGAUGAUGAUGGUGAUGGUGAUUAUUCAAUAAAAGCUAAUAGUACACUAAAUUACCUUUGCACAAAUAAACAUCCAAUUAAUCAAACUGUAAAAGAAGAUUCUCAAAAUAGUGUCACAUCUACAGUUGUUUGUGAUCACUUAAAUGAUUUAUCCAAUGAGAAGAAUCAGUUGCUAUGUGGUUCUUGUAGUCAAGUUGUUGUAAGACGUCCAAAUGAAAAUGAUUGUACACUAUUAAAAAAUCAUUAUCUAGAAUAUUUUUUAGAUAAAGAAGGAGAUCAUGUUAAAUAUGUGAAAAUAAGAGCUGAAUUAGAAUAUGGACAAAUAUUUUGGUGUAAAACAUGUAUAUUAAUAUUUGAAAAACCUUGGUCAUUGUUUCAACAUAUGGCUGAUAAAGCUAAACGAUGUAAAAUUCAAAAAUUCGAAAGAAAAGAAUCACAUUUUGAUUGGUUGGAUAACGUGGCUGGAUUAAUGGCAGGUUAUGAUCUUGGUUUGUUCAAUGCAACAAAACUGAAAGUUGAUUUACGCAACUUAUUAACCGAUCAACAUACUAUUGAGGAAGAACUAGAGACAGCAGCUGGAACAGUAGCAAUUAUGAAGUGGCUCAACCUAUUUAUCAACCCAUGGCGUUUACAACAACGUGAAGUGAUGCGAAAAAUCGAACAACUUAAUAGGCAGAUCCUUCGUAGAGUUAAUCUGAGUUUAAAAACUGGAUAUAGCAGCUACAGUAGGAGAGCUGCACUACCACCUGCUCGUGUAUCUUUAUCAACUACAUCAUGUCAGACAAACGAGACGUAUUGUGACACUGUUGAUUCAUUAUCAUCUACUCCUACAUCAGCAGUAACGGUAAACGAUUUCAGUUUGUGCUUGAAGAAUAAUUUGCCAUCGGAAACUUGCAAUAAUGGCUACUCCUCGGAAUCUACCUGUUCGGGGUCUGUUGAGCUUGAUAAUUGCGUUGCGUUGAGCAAAGAAAAUAUCAAAGAGGAAUCAGACGAGUGGAACAAACUAAGUGAGGACCAGCUUUGUUGUAUCGAAGACAAAGAGUACCCACUUUGCAAACCACUUGUGGAGAAGCAGAUUGAAACAGAAAUUUCAACAGCUGGAGUUUUUGAAGAAGUCUCACCAACAACAGCUGAUAUAAAGUCAAAUAUCACACAGGAUAGCAAAAUGGAACUGGACAGAAUUGUUGAAAUCAUAAAUUCAAAUAACACAAAUUGUGCUGAUACAAUGUCACUUUUAAAUAAUAGUAGUGCCAGUGAGUACUACAGAAAAGAGUCAGUAUGUGUACCCAUUUGUAGAGGUGAAAUGUCUAAUAACUGUACCACAGUGAAUCCAAAGCAUUUGAAAGAACCAUUCAGAAGUCAGCGUUUUGGCCGAAACUCUUGGGCAUUUGCUUCCGGUCAUAAUUCUCUUUAUAGGUCUUAUCACAAUGAUAUUCGACGUAAUCUGAAUCGUAUAUACCAUAAAAUCAAUGUGACACCAAAUUAUGGAAUAAAUAACUUCGAUCCUCUCAGUUUUUCUGCUAGUCUAGACUUCAAUUUCAAUUUCACUGAUGACGAAAUAGAAGAAUUGAUUUCACAAUGGACAAAACACUGGUGUAAUAAAGCGUCUGAUGCACUUGCUAUUUUAAGAGGAGAUGUAGAUCAUCUGUUAGAUCCAUGAAAUGUUUAAUCAUAAAAUUUGUAAUUGUCUAUUUUUAUAGUGUUGUGCAGUUUGUGGAUAUGAAUUGUUUGUUUUGUUUUUGUUUCAUAGUUCAUUUACUAUAACCAACCAGCUUACACAAAUUGGCGAUUUCUUAUCGCUGUUGUGAAUAAAAUACACAAUUAUUUUUCAUUUACAUUGUUUUUGACUUAUAUAAGUCCUCAAAAAAUAAAUAAUGUUUAACUUGUUUGAAUUUCAUUCGUCAUACGUCCCACCACUCCACUCCGUCGACAGCACCCGCUACAGCUAAUGCUGACCCGGCAGAACAUUCCACUCGACGUUGCCUCUGCGAAUCAGGCCGCCCCAACUUGCAACCCGACUCCAUACCCGCAGAGGCGUCCGAAGAAAAUUACGCUCCUCUUCUCUCGUGGUUGGCGUCGACACCAAUUGCAGUG